AUUCGUGUAACCUUCCUUAGACAGCGUAUCAAGAUUCCGACUGACUUGUCCAUUGUUUACGGCAGCGAAUGACUUCUUCCAAGAACGCGUUUUCUAUGCUAUUUUAUAGCUUAGAUAAUAGAGCAGAUUAGAAUUGAUACUAUGUCAAUGAACUAGUUUGCUCUCUGAGCUUGCAGCAGAUGUAAGAGGAGAGCAAGAUAGGGUCUGGUACGCAGGCUCGAAAGUGAGCGAAAAGUUAAAAACCCAAAAAUCCGAUAAUCGAUAAUGAAAACAGCACCAUCGUCGUCGGUUCCUGAGCUGUUUCUCCAUCUUCUUCUUGCUCUAUUCCACACCCUGCUUUUCUCUCUGAAGUUUUGAGCAUUGUUAGCAAUGGCAUUUACUUACAAGCCUUCCAUCAUCGUGACCGCGUGGUUCGUUAUCUCGAACCUCCUCGUGUCUUGGGACGCGACUUAUAUGCUCUGUCGCCCCCAUUCAAUGCCGGGCGGUAAACUCCACUUCUUGUGGAAGCCAUAUGCGCUCUACGGCACGAUUGACUACGUCUACGGCUGGCCCGCCUACAACGACAAGGACGGCUUCCCCGGCGCGCAGGCCUUCCUGACCCUAGUCGAGUCCAUGUUUUUGUACUACUACAUCUACACCUCAUAUUUCUCCACAAACCAAAACACCCGUCUCAACGGCGCCUUUGUCGGAUUGUUUGCCGCGACCUCGUGUUUUUCCAAGACGACGCUGUACAUGCUGUGCGAGUACUUCUCGGGCUUCAAGUACGUGGGGCAUAACCCGCUUCCCACGCUCAUCUCGCUCUACAUCCUGCCGUCGGCGCCCUGGAUCUUUAUGAACUUUUACGCGAUGAUGGCGAUUGGUGGGCAAUUGAAGGGCGCUAUUGUGGGUGCUACCGCUGAGAAGAAGACGAAAUAAGCGUCUUGACUUUGACUUUUGUGGGGGUCGCUAUCUCAAUCCCAUCAGCAGCGAACGAUCGAGACGAGACGAAAUCAUAAAAAAAUAAAGACAAUUGGAACAUACAAGACGUCAUUUCUUUUUCUUCUUUCAGUGGUAUAGAGAGAAGAGAGAGAACGAGGUUUAAGCAGAGAUAUUGGACAGAGUAGCGCUUGUAUUGUAUUAGUAUUAUCUUGGCAUGUUUAGUGUUAAAUGUUAUAAAGAUCUAUAUACGUUCUCACCGGUUGUAUAUUAGUCGUGAAUACAGGUUUCGGACGUAUAUUUACUAUAUACUUGAGU